CUCUAUGGCACAAGCGAGAACGUACCACAGACGAUGUUUCUGUAGGGUUUCUGAAAUGUCGUCAGCUCCGUCGAAUAAUAUGCAAUCUGUGCCAUCCAUCAGGUAUUGCGCACAGUUCAAAUAUUCCAGCAAUUACUAAUCCCCCCCCCCACCGCGCUUAUUCUCUCCACACACUACUGCGGGUUUCGUUCCUUUUGCUCGCAUGCUGCGCUCGCUGCUAUCCAUUAGCCAUUCCUGUGGCGCCUUGCGCAAUCGCCAGCUGUGCCGCGGCCUGGCCACCGGCGUCGUGUACAUCCGCCACCUCCCCAGCACCACUGCUCUCGCAGACCUGGAGGACACAGCCAAACAGCACGGAUCAGUCUACGGGGUCUGGAGGUCGUCCGACAAUGAUGGCGCCAGCGACAAGAAACGCCCGGCAGCGAUCCGCAUGGUGACCGAGAAGGUGCCCAGAGACAUUGCCGAGAUCGCGCGGCUGCCCACGCCCACUGCCGAGGAAGUGGAGCGGAUCACUGAUGCCGUCAAUAGCGUUGUGGCGGAAUUCAGACGCAUGUACCGGAUCGACGCUGUGGCGGUUCUGCGCGACCACGGCAUGUUCCAGAGCGCAUCCAGAAGGAUCGCCGACAGCAGACAUGGCACAGGCGACUUUGAUGUGCUGACCACGAACAGGCCGCGAUACACGCGCGGCAUGAUCGACGGGUACCGACGGGGAUUCGUCGAGGCAGCAAGGCAAAGCGAGCAGGCGCAGGGCCUGGCUGCGUGCACGGAGAAGGGCAGCGACCAGCUGGCGUCGCUGGUCGAGUACUUUGAGCACAGACACUACCAUGGAUCGUAAAUAGAGCUUGUAUUGCGUCUAAUUAAAUGUCC